GUGACUGUUGAAAGAAUAGACCUCAGUUUUUCAACUGCAGAGACUCGCUCCUCUUUUACAUUGGACUACAACUGAAAACUCAGUGUUUCGUAAAGCUUCGCACCCAUGGCGGACUUAAAUUUCAGCCAACUACAGAAUUCCUCCCUUUCAAAUAAUGAAGUGGACGGAGAACCUGGUACUAAAUACUUAGUGCUUGCCCCUGUCCUGCUGCUUAUAAUGCUGCUCGCUAUAGUUGGCAACAUGACGCUGAUCAUCACAAUAUGCCGCACUCGUGUACUGCGGCGUACGUGCUUAAACAUGUUCGUCUUGAACCAGGCAUGUGCAGACUUGGGUGUCGCUUUAUUUUGGAUGCCAUUUUCAAUCAUCACGUGCUAUACACGUAACUGGAUAUUUGGUGACAGCAUAUGCCAACUGAAUGGGUUUGUAAACAUUCUUUUUGAGGCUUCAUCGGUUUUUACGCUUACCUCGAUAAGCAUCGUGAGAUACUAUUCCACCCUUACGCCCAGGCCUAUCACAGUUGCCAUGACGACAAAGAUAACACUUACCAUGGUUACUAUGACGUGGUUAACAGCAUUUGUACUCGCAGCUUUACCGCUGACAGGUUUCAUUGUAUUUGAAUUUAGGCCGGGGUCAACUCAGUGUGGAGUUCAAAUCCCAGCCAAUGUUGGUCAAACCAUUUACUCAUUUGUGGUUCUUGUUGCCUUCCUUAUGCCGCUAUGCAUCAUUGGAUUCUGUUACAUCAACGUCUUCCUGAAAGCAAGGGCACUCGGCAUUCGCCGUCCGAGUAUGUCAUUAUCGACCAUCAAAAGCGAAAGUUCGCUGUCCCAACAAAGUCAAGUAGCCGUGACCGUUUUUAUGAGGCUCAUUGCUUUUAUUCUGUGUUGGUCACCUUACUUCGCGUACAUGGCGUACUCGACCGCUGGUCAAGUGAAAAGCCCAAACGCAUUCGCUCGAGGCCUGGGACUAGCUUCUUAUUGGUUUGCUUUCCUAAACAGCUGCAUUAACCCGUUCGUGUACGGCAUCGGGGAUCGAGAGAUCAGAAAACCACUGUAUUUAAUGUGCUGUAAUCGCAAAUUUCGAAGAGGUCGCGAACGUUAUUCCUUGAGAAAAGCACAUCAACACUGUGAUUCAUUUUUAGGAACACCCCUGCCAUUAGUGGACUGCGACAAAACAUCCCCUCCUUACCCUGCUUUCGUCAACGUUGUUGCCCUGACAGAAAAAGACAUAGCCAGCCCCAAUGAGGGAAUCGACAAGGCGACUGUGGACAGAGGAACUCAAACGUGCGAAAACUGGAAAAUUUCAUCUUUCCAAGAUUUGCCACAUGUUUAUAUCGUUGAUGGAGCGUCUUCCACAACAUACCAAGUAUUUCCACUUCAGUUACAAAAACAGAAAACGUUCUCCGACCACGCUUACGACGUCACGUGUUCUUCAUGCUCGACGGCAAUCUUGUGGUGACAAACAGUAACGAGGAAAUCAUAUGUUCAAGCAUGUCAUCAAUGGAAGACAGUGAUCUGUGUAGUGAGUGCGCAUGUGCGUCCGAAUGAGAAAGUUCAAGGAAUAAAACUUGAACUCAUUGCGAGCAAGAUGACCUGGAAUCGAAUUCGAUUUUGAACCACAGGAAAGAAGUUCAAUCUCAUAGGGUGCUUCACCUCGUCGAUCUGGCUGAAAACAAGAUGAAAUACCCCCUCCAUUCCGCGAAGGAAGAAACAAGAAUGAGUUUUAGAAUUGGUUGGAUUUAAACCUGUAAGCAAAACCGAAAUGUGAUACUCUUUUAGUUUUUGGCGGCUUCUUUUUCCUUUUUCUCAGGACGAUAAGAAGCCUGCAAUUAGCUCUGAGUGAACUGACCCUAAUAAGAAUGUUGCAAAAACACAAAAUCAAAAGUAAGCUGUAGCAAAUCACGAACCCAUCUGUAACGAUUUGUUAGUAGAAUUUUUAUACAUUUGUUAUGAUUUAGUAACCAUUUGACUCGAUCAAAGCUGAUUCUAAGGGAAAAGCGGGGAUGGACGGCCUUCCCGUCGUCCCCUUUGUUGUGCACCACUUUGACCGGUCCCCAUGUUUUCCGUGCCCUUUGUGACCAAAAGUGAGGAGGACUGACGGAGAGUCAGGGUGUAAGUAACCUUUUGUAACUGGUGGGGAAUGCCCAGUACGCCGCAGAAACAUGAGACGCACUAAGACUGCCGUUAUCUAUGAAAAAAUAAAAAAUUUUCUUGAACUUUAA